ACAUUUAGAAACAAACAUUUUAAAUCUAGUAAACUCAAGGGCACGUCACGUUUUGGUUUUCACAUAAAAAUUCUAAUUAAAUCUGUUAUAUAAUUUAUUCGAUUUUUGGAUAUUUGUAACUAUGAUUUCACAGGUAAUAUACAUUUUGUUUGACUACAUCAGUUUAAGUGUAUUUAUAAUUUCUGUAAUUACCUACUAUUUUUCAACGUCUUCUUACGAUAAAUGGUUAAAAUUGAAUGUACCUCAUAUCCGGCCAGUACCACUGUUCGGAAAUACAUUAAAAUUGUCCAUGAAAUUAGAGCAUCAAGUUGACACGUUCGACAGAAUUUACAAACAAUUUCCGGACGAAAAAUAUUGUGGAUUAUACAAAAUGAAGACGCCCUAUUUAAUGAUACGUGAUCCUGAAUUGAUCAAUAAAAUAAUUGUAAAAGAUUUUUCGUAUUUCACCGAUCGUGGUUUUGAUGGUGUCUAUACGGACCCCGCAAUCAACGUAAUGGCCAACAGCCUAUUAUUUUUGAAAGGCCAGAAAUGGAGAAUGAUGAGACAAAAACUGAAAUCUGGGUUUACGCCUAAUAAAAUAAUAUCUAUGCACGAUAAGAUUAACGAAUGUGCCGAACACUUGAUGAAGAAUAUUGACGAAAAAUUAAAGCACACCGAUCAAAUUCAAGUGAAACAGGCCAUGGGUAAUUAUUCCACUGAUGUAAUUGGCACAUGUGUAUUCGGUUUGAAAUUGGACACAAUUAAAAAUGACAACUCGGAAUUCCGUAAACAUGCUAAGAAAAUUUUUCAUCAGAGUCGCUUUAAACUAUUUUUAAUUCAAAUACUACAAACAAUCAGUCUAAAACUGGUAAAGAGUUUAAAAUUACAACUUUUCCCACGAGAUUCGACAACAUUUUUUUAUUCAGUAUUCAAAAGUGUUAUCAACCACAGAGAAGAAAAUAACGUGGUUAAAAAUGAUUUAACACAAAUAUUAGUUGAAGCAAAGAAAGAAUUACUAUUUAAUGAUAACUUAACAGACAAAAAUAAAUUUAUGGAAUCGGAUAUCAUCGGUAAUGCUAUUCUUUUCUUUGUCUCUGGUUCAGGAACUGUAACUUCAACAUUAGCUUUAUGUUUUUAUGAAUUAGCGUUAAAUAAACAUGUCCAAGACAAAUUACGCAAAGAAAUAAAUACGAAUAUCGAAAAACAUGGUGCACAGUUAAACAAUAAUUUUAUUAUGGAUCUCCACUACGCCAAUAUGGUCUUAAAUGAGACUGCUCGCAUGUACUCUAUCACUUGUGUCUUGUUGAGAGAAGCAACAAAAAUGUAUAAUGUACCUGAUGAACCAAUAAUUAUUGAAAAGGGGCAGAAAAUUAUAAUACCAUUAUACAAUAUACACAAUGACCCUAAGUAUUAUCCUGAUCCUCAAAUUUUUAACCCGGAAAGGUUUUCUACAGAACAAAACUUUAAAAGAAUGAAUGGCACUUUUAUUCCAUUUGGUGACGGACCUCGAAUGUGUUUAGGAAAACGUUUAGCUGAAAUAGAAAUGCUAUUAAUUUUAUCAAAGGUUUUAACAAAAUAUGAAAUUUUACCAUGUGAAAAAACUGAAAUACCUCUUGACAUUAAGAAUGGAUCGGGUUUCAUUUCCUCAAAAAAUGAAAUUUGGUUAAAUUUUAAAUUAAUCGCAUAAAAUGUAUUUAACACAUUCAACAUGUUUUAAUGUUAAGCCCUAAAAAUUUAUAAGUAAUAAACACAAUUUUUAGUUA